GCAACAGCUCAGUUUUCUAACCCGGAAGGCCUGGAGGGGUAAGGACAGGGCAGAUAGGGGGUGUGUAUACUCUCGGAAGGAGAUGUGGUUUUGUGGUUGCUCCUGCUGUCAUUUAAAGGAGCACUGGUUCAGCCCAGCCACUUCAGUCUACAGAAGGGUGUGCCCUAGAAUGCUGAAGCCGGAGGAGGCAAAAGGACUCGUCCAACAAAGAGUGUUGGCACACUGUCAGGUCCCCUGUCUUGGGUCUGUAUCCUUGGGGGAUGGGCUUUGGAGUCCAUGUCUGUUGAGAAGGACUCUUCGGGUAAAGGAGAUCGUGGGGUGGGGAGAGGAAAGGAAGCACGGUGGAAGAAUGCCAUCAAGUUAGAGAAGGACACAUUCUUCCAAAGACCCGAGAAGAAGACACAGGCCCUUGGUUGGCUGUGGGAGGUCCAGGGUCGAGGACAGUUACCACCAGCCCUGUCUUCCCUUCCCGAAGUCUCCAGAGAUAUGCUGCGGGGUUUCAAGGCUGUGGGAGGAAAGAAGGAAGGAAGGGAGGGAGGAAAGGAUGGAUAGAUGGAUGCAUAAAAGGUGGAUGGAUGGAUGGAUGGAUGGAUGGAUGGAUGGAUGGAUGGAUGGAUGGAUGGAUGGAUGGAUGGAUGGACCAACGGAUCGAUGGAUCGGUCGAUGGAUGGAUGGGUCGAUGGACGGAUGGGUCAAUGGAUGCCUAAAAGGAUGAAGGGAAGGGAGGGAGGGAGGACAUACAAGUGAAUGGAUGAAUGAGUGAAUAAAUCAAAUCCUCCAAGUGACAUUCCUCUGCUUUCUAAUCUCUGCACUUAUAAAAUGGCAUCUCAAAUUGAGUAUAAAAUUCCAGGGGCAGGAAUGAAGGAGGGGUGGAGGCAAAGUGGAAAGGAGGAAAAUUGCCCCUUUUCAUAUGGCAGGCAGAAGGAACCAAUUGACAGGACGAUGAUUUGCUCAGUUAGAGAUUCCUGUCCCCAAUCUUCAGUUUUGUUCAUUCUCAGAUUCCAGUUUCCGAUUUAAUUUUCUUCUCUCCACAGGAUAACGCUGACCCCAGGCCGCUCUUCACCUGGACAGGAUGAGAGCAUCAGGUGUGCUCCGCCUCCUGGCCCUCAUCUUCGCUCUGGUCACAACAUGGAUGUUUAUUCGAACCUACAUCAGCUUCAGCAUGAAAACCAUCCGCCUGCCCCGAUGGCUGGAAGGUCCAGCCUCCAAGGAGAUCCGAGUCGUCAAGUCCAAGUGCAGCCUCAGCAAGCCCUGCCCAAAGGACUACUUUGCGUUUAAAAUCUGCAGCGGGGCUGCCAACGUCGUGGGCCCUUCCAUGUGUUUCGAAAACCAAAUGAUCAUGAGCCCUGUGAAAAACAACGUGGGCAGAGGCCUGAACAUUGCACUGAUCAAUGGAUCUGUGGGAACGAUGCUGAGACACAGCUACUUCGACAUGUACUCUGGAGACCCCAAUGAACUGGUGAAAUUCCUUAAGGAAAUUUCAGGGGACAUGCUGGUGCUGGUGGCCUCCUAUGACGACCCGGGCACCAAAAUGAAUGAUGAGGCCAGGAAGCUCUUCUCCAACUUGGGGAGUUCCUACGCAGAGCAGCUUGGGUUCCGGGACAGCUGGGUCUUCUUGGGGACCAAAGACAUCAAGAGUAAAAGUCCAUUUGAGCAGUUCUUAAAGAACGACCCCAAAACAAACAAAUACGAGGGAUGGCCGGAGCUGUUAGAGCUGGAGGGCUGUGUGCCACGGAAGGUAUAUUAGGGCCUCUGACUCCUCCUGGGCCCAGGGCCUGAAGAAACUGCCUGACCUAGGAGUCGGAGCCGGGGAUGGCUGUGGACUAGACUGGCCGAGCAGACUGCGGAAGAGAAGAGGGGAGCGGCUGUUGAUGGUUGCUACACACCAUAACAAGCGUCCCCCUCUGCGGAAACAAAACUCUGCUGCUGGGCUGAGAUGUCCUGCCCAGGAGGUGACCAGCCUCAGAGGGCCCUUCUAUAACCAGCCGUCCACUGAGAGAACAGGUGUGCUUCGCGUCAGGGCUGCUGACUGUCGUCCCGAGGACGGACUGGCCACACUCGACCAACAUUAAAUUUUA